GUAGAAGACGAGCACAGAGGGUUCGCAUCCGAUGGGCUGCAGUCGCACAGUCCUGCCGCUCCUGCCGCUGCUGGAAGUUUUAAUGGGGAUCAUGACAAGCGGGGCACAGAGACACCAUCAUGAAGAGUAAUAUACAGAUCAGCUCUCAAAAUGUCUUCUGUGUCUUCCGUGCAUCUUCUAAGACAAUUGCAUUAGCCCGCCUGCUAGUUGACUAAUAGAAUUAAUAAUUGUAAAAAGCACUCUAAAGCCACAUGCCUUAUGAAGUCAAUGCUGGGUAUGAUUUUACAAAUAUGGUCCGGAAAAAGAAUCCCCCUCUAAGAAACGUUGCUAGUGAAGGUGAGGUACAGACCCUUGAGUCUACAGGUACUGAAAGUGAAGAGUCUGGAAGGAAAAAAGAAUUUUCUGCAGAGCAGAUGCAAGAAAACACUGACCAGGGUGAUGCGACAGAGUUAAGUAACAAGGAGGAACUUUGCAUGCAUGUCCAAGAGCCAUCUUCCAGUGUUAAAAAGGACUUGAAAAGCUCAGUGCUGAGUGAAAAGGCUGGCUUCAAUUAUGAAAGCCACAAUAAGGGAGGAAAUGUUCCAUCCUUCCCUCAUGAUGAGGUGACAGACAGAAAUAUGCUCGCUUUCUCAUCUCCAGCUGUUGGGGGAAUCUGCGAGCCCUUGAAGUCUCCUCAAAAAUCAGAUGCAGAUGACACCCAAGAUGUGGUCUGUACCCCGUCAGGAGAUGCAGCGGAGACAAAUGAGGAGCAUCAGAUGUCACCAAAAGCUUCAGAUGAAACAGUGCAAGUGCAAAGUGGUCAAACUGAUGGCCAAGGCUCAAGCCCGGUCCCCAUGGCCUCAAAAAACCCACAAGUGCCUUCAGAUGGGGGUUUAAGGCUGAACAAAUCAAAAGCAGAUUUGUUGCUAAAUGAUAACCCAGAUACAGCGCCUCUGUCUCCAGAGCUUCAGGACUUCAAAUGCAACAUCUGUGGGUAUGGUUACUACGGGAACGACCCCACAGAUCUCAUCAAACACUUCCGCAAGUACCACCUAGGACUGCACAACCGCACCAGGCAGGAUGCUGAGCUCGACACUAAAAUUUUGGCUCUCCACAACAUGGUGCAAUUCAGCCACUCCAAAGACUUCCAGAAAGUCAACCGUACUGUGCUUUCAGGGGUACUGCAGGACAUCAAUUCCCAGAGGCCUGUCUUAUUAAAUGGGACUUACGAUGUGCAGGUUACUUUAGGUGGAACCUUUAUUGGAAUUGGGCGGAAAACUCCAGAUUGCCAAGGCAACACCAAGUACUUCCGCUGCAAAUUCUGCAAUUUCACCUACAUGGGCAACUCCUCCACUGAACUAGAGCAACACUUCUUACAGACUCACCCAAACAAAAUGAAAGCAGCCCUUCCCUCCUCUGAUACUGGUAAAACUUCAGAGAAAAACUCCAAUAAAUCCAGUCCUACUCUUCGACCAUGUGAUUCUGGAGACUUGGGAAAGUGGCAAGACAGAAUCACUGUAAAAGCAGGAGAUGAUACGCCAGUUGGAUAUUCGGUGCCCAUCAAGCCAAUAGAUUCCUCUAGACAAAAUGGUACCGAUACAACCAGUUACUACUGGUGUAAAUUUUGCAGUUUCAGCUGUGAAUCGUCCAGCUCUUUGAAACUAUUAGAACAUUACAGCAAACAGCAUGGGGGAAGCCAGGCAGGGAGCUUUCACCCAGAUCUGAAUGAUAAGCUUUCUAGGGGAUCUGUCAUUAACCAGAAUGAUCUAGCCAAAAAUGCAGAUGGGGAGUUAUUGACAAAGGCAGAAAAGGGUGCGAGUGUGGCAAAAAAGAAAGACUUGAGUAGCAAAGGAGCAGAGGACAGCAUGGUGACAAGCUACAACUGUCAGUUUUGUGACUUUAGGUACUCAAAGAGCCAUGGCCCAGAUGUAAUAGUGGUGGGCCCACUUCUCCGUCACUAUCAGCAGCUACACAACAUUCAUAAGUGUACCAUUAAGCACUGUCAGUUCUGUCCCCGAGGCCUCUGCAGCCCAGAAAAGCACCUUGGAGAAAUUACUUAUCCAUUUGCUUGCAGAAAAAGUAAUUGUUCCCACUGUGCUCUCUUGCUUUUGCACCUGUCUCCAGGGGUGACAGGAAGCUCUAGAGUCAAACACCAGUGCCAUCAGUGCUCAUUCUCCACUCCCGACGUGGACGUUCUCCUGCUCCACUAUGAGAAUGCACACGAAGGCCAAGCGUCUGAUGUCAAACCAGAAACAAAUGCCCUGCCAGGGGCAGAGGGGCUGCUGACGCUCAAGGAGAACAAAGAACACUCAUGUACCAAAUGUGACUUUACCACCCAGGUGGAAGAAGAGAUUUCCCGACACUACAGGCGAGUACACAACUGCUACAAAUGCCGUCAGUGCAGCUUCACAGCUGUUGACACUCAGUCACUACUAGAGCACUUCAACACUGUGCACUGUCAGGAGAUGGACGUCACUACAGCCAAUGGGGAGGACAGUCAUGGCGUUUCGUCUAUCAAGGAAGAGCCAAAAAUUGACCUUAAGGUCUACAGUCUGAUUAAUCCAGACCCCAAAAUAGGGGAGCCCAUAUCUGACAGCAUAGUGAAGAGGGAAAAGAUAGAAGAUAAGGAAGUGCUCAAGGAGAAAGGCUGGACUGACAGUCCCAGUGAUGAUCUUCGCAAUGUAACCUGGAGAGGAACAGACAUUUUGAGGGGGAGCCCAUCAUACACACAGACCAGUCUAGGCUUACUGACCCCCGUGUCUGUUGGCCAAGAGCAGCCAAAGCCUUUAAGGGAUAGUCCAAAUGUAGAAGCUGCCCAUCUCGCAAGGCCCAUUUAUGGCUUGGCAGUGGAGAGCAAGGGUUUCCUGCAGGGUGUCCCAGCCGGAGCAGCAGAGAAAGCCGGGCAGCUCACCCAGCCCUACUCUGGAUCUGGGGACGGCAAGACAAAAGACGAAUCCCAGUCCUUAUUACGGAGACGUAGAGGCUCGGGUGUUUUCUGUGCCAAUUGCCUGACCACAAAGACCUCUCUCUGGCGAAAGAAUGCAAAUGGUGGAUAUGUAUGCAAUGCGUGUGGCCUCUACCAGAAGCUUCACUCGACUCCCAGGCCUUUAAACAUCAUUAAACAGAACAAUGGUGAACAGAUCAUUAGGAGACGAACAAGAAAGCGCCUUAACCCGGAGGCACUUCAGGCUGAGCAGCUAAACAAACAGCAGAGGGGUAGCAGUGAGGAGCAAGUCAAUGGAAGCCCCUUAGAGAGGAGGUCAGAGGAUCAUUUACCUGAAGGUCAUCAGAGAGAAAUUCAGCUUCCCAGCCUCAGUAAAUACGAGGCCCCAGGUUCAUUGACUAAAAGCCAUUCUGCUCAGCAGCCAAUAUUGGUCAGCCAAACUCUGGAUAUUCACAAAAGGAUGCAACCUUUGCACAUUCAGAUAAAAAGUCCUCAGGAAAGUACUGGAGACCCAGGAAACAGUUCAUCGAUAUCAGAAGGGAAGGGAAGCUCAGAGAGAGGCAGCCCGAUAGAAAAAUACAUGAGACCUGUGAAACACCCAAACUAUUCUCCACCUGGAAGCCCUAUUGAAAAAUACCAGUACCCACUUUUUGGACUUCCGUUUGUACACAAUGACUUUCAGAGUGAAGCUGACUGGCUGAGAUUCUGGAGUAAAUAUAAGCUGUCUGUUCCUGGGAAUCCACACUACUUGAGUCAUGUGCCUGGCCUACCAAAUCCUUGCCAAAACUAUGUGCCUUAUCCCACCUUUAAUCUGCCUCCUCAUUUUUCAGCUGUCGGAUCAGACAAUGACAUUCCUCUAGAUUUGGCGAUAAAGCAUUCCAGACCUGGGCCAACUGCAAAUGGUGCCUCCAAGGAAAAGAGUAAGGCACCACCAAAUGUAAAAAAUGAAGGUCCCUUGAAUGUAGUAAAAACAGAGAAAGUUGAUAGAAGUACUCAAGAUGAACUUUCUACCAAGUGUGUGCACUGUGGCAUUGUCUUUCUGGAUGAAGUGAUGUAUGCGUUGCAUAUGAGUUGCCAUGGUGACAGUGGACCUUUCCAGUGCAGCAUAUGCCAGCAUCUUUGCACGGACAAGUAUGACUUCACAACUCACAUCCAGAGGGGCCUACACAGGAACAAUGCACAAGCUGAAAAGAACGGAAAACCUAAAGAGUAAACCUUAGCACUUAGCACAAUUAAACAGAAAUAGGUUUCCUUGAUGGGAAUUCAAUAGCUUGUAAUGUCUUGUGAAGACCUAUAAAGCACUUCAUAUAGAGAGCAUGCCUUAUCCAAUAUUAAAUCC